AACAAAGCAAUGUCUAAGGUAGCAGUAUCAAGAGCUGUGAAGGCUGUUCAGAAGUUCUAUCCAAUCGCAUUGGCCGAUAAAACCUGGGAUAAUACUGGGUUGUUACUCGAUUCAAGUUCUGAUAAUAUUAAAUCGGAUCAACUCAAUAUACUCCUCACAAUUGACUUGACUCAAUCUGUUGCCGAAGAGGCCGUCAAGAAAAGUGCCAAUUUUAUCGUGGCUUACCACCCAUUCAUCUUCAGAGGAUUGAAGAGCAUUACAACGAAAGAUCCUCAACAAAGAUCGCUUAUUAAACUAAUCCAGAAUAACAUUAGUGUAUACUCCCCACAUACAGCAGUAGAUAGUGCCUAUGGCGGGGUCAAUGACUACUUGGUAGAUGGAAUAACUUACGGAUUCGAUAUUCAAUCUAGAGAAGCAAUUGAAAAGGAUGAAAAUGCUCAAGAUUGCGGGAUGGGCCGUAUAGUUACUUUGAAGAAACCAGCUCCCCUUUCUAAGCUAAUUGGAAACGUUAAAUGCAGUUUGGGUUUGAAAUAUGUUCAAAUUGCUCGGGGUAGUGGCACAUCUAAAGACCAUGAAGUCUCCACCAUUGCUAUCUGUGCUGGCGCGGGAGGCUCUGUAUUCAAAGGAAUCAAGGCAGACUUAUACUUUACAGGAGAAUUGUCACAUCACGAAGCCUUGUAUUUCACGGAGUCAGGAUCAUCAAUUAUCACAACUAACCACUCCAACACCGAACGAGCAUUCCUAAAAGUCAUUAAGAAGCAAUUGUCAGAGACCUUGCAAGACGCCAAUGUGUUUGUAAGUGAAACCGACAGGGACCCAUAUGAAUUGGCAUAAAUAGAGAGUCUACCACCAUAUUAUGGGGAAGCUUUGCAUGAUGUUAUAACAAUAUCACGUGAUUGAUUUAUUCUUGAGCCUAAUUUGUAACUAGAUAGAAGGAAGAGGUAAAGAGGGACAUAAUUAUUUUCAAAUAUAAAGACAACAUCAG